AUGAUGACCGAACGAGAAGAAGCUGCAAAAACACGAGGAACAUCGAUGGGCAAUUUUAAUUAUCUGCUUCUCGAUGCUGACAAAGUGUUAACUGCAUUUGGAAAAUAUGGGCGAUACCAGAUGCUUACUUAUUUUAUUACCAACUCAGUCCAAUUGCUCUUCUCAGCCAACAUGAUGGUUAUGCCAUUUAUCACAAAAAGAGCCACAUUUGAUUGCCAUUUUGCACCGAAGGACGAAUGGACCUAUACAAUACUGAGCAACGAUUCAUGCCAUGUUCUAGACGGAAACAAUUGGCAAGUGCCUUGUUCUUCAAUUCCUGGGUAUAGCUACGCGUAUAAUCAAAAUGUAUCGACAAUGGCAUCUGAAUUCGGAUUAGUUUGCGAUGACUACAACAGCAUUGAGCAUUCAACGUCUAUUUUCUUAUUAGGAGGGAUGUUGGUAACUCCUUUGAUUACUCAAUUAUCGGACAUAUUUGGAAGAAGAAUUGCGUUUCUCGUGCCACUUUACACUUCUGUUAUUGCUAACAUUAUCUGCGCAAUUGCUCCAAAUUACACAAUUUUUCUCAUUUUUCGAUUUUUCUCUGGAGUUGCAACAACGAGUUUUGCCAUGACUGGUUACGUUCUUUGCAUGGAAUCUGUCGCCUUGGAUUUCCACUCAUUUAUUCCAUUGCUUAGCAGUCUUACAUGGGUACUGGGGUAUAUAUUAGCCGGAGUUUUCGACAUGUUCAUUUCUAACUGGAGAUGGCUCUAUUUCGCAGUUUCACUACCCGGGAUUCUCACCAUUCCUUUUUAUUGGUUUACUCCAGAAUCGUUACAUUGGCUUGUGAACAACAAAAAAGAGCGCAAAAUUGAGAGAUACAUUGCCGUUUGUUCACACUACAAUAAAAUGGAAAUUCCACUUCAUAAUUGCCGAAACGAUUCUCAAGAAGAGCAAGUUGGAAUCAAAAGAACAGUUUUUGACGUUUUUAGUCAUCCAACCCUUCUUGUUAAUAUAUUACUCAAUUCUUUUAUUCUCGUUAUCAUGAAUGGUACUUAUUGGGCAUUAUCUCUCUUUUCGGUCGAUUUAUCUGAAGACGAGCACUUGGGAUAUUUCCUUUCCGGUUUAAUCGAACUCCCUGCUGGUGGGUUGUCAGUUAUCCUGUUGAUUUGCUGCGACAGAAAAUUGGUCUCAUUUUUCUCUCUGCUAUCGACAGCUGUUUUUAUGUUGUGCACAAUUUAUGUACCAAUUGAAAAAAAUAUAAGAAUGAUAUUUCCACUACUGGCGAAGAGCGCAAAUUCUAUUGCUUGGUCAUCGCAACCACUUCUUUAUACAGAAGCAACUCCAACCACUGUAAGAAACGUAGUAUGUGGAAUUAUUGCUUUCAUAGGAGAUAUUGGCUCAGUAGCUGCGCCAUACUUAAAAAGAAUGGAGGCUGUUAGCGUGAAUGCUCCAACAAUUUUAAUUUCGGCAUUGUCAGUUAUUGCAGCGUUUUGUGUUGUUCUUUUGCCAGAAACAAAGGGAAGGAAACUACCUGAAGAUCUUAACGACUUCGACCUGGGACCACUUCUUCGGUGUUUCGCACCAAAAAAUGAAGCUGCAUCAGAAGAGGAAGUUGUUGAACAUCAAGAAGAACAAAAUACACAACCAGAAGGUGAUCAUAAUAUUGUAUAA